UGACGCAAUCUCAACCGUAAAUACUCAACAAAACCAUCAUACACCGUUAUCCAUCAAACUUGGAAAACAAUCAAUUUCAACCGUUUUUAUGAAUCAAACACGGAUGGCGCGAGAUUACGAGUCGUUUCGUAUGUAAACAUGCGAUCAAAGUCGACAGCCUGUUACCCAGUUUGAGGUCGCUUAUCCUGGCGCAGGAUUUCAAAGGUAACAAAGAGGCAGAUGGGAUAGAGGGGGACGGCCUCACAACUCUCUCAUAUGUAUGCCCGAUCUUGUUUAGAGUGAGAGAGAGAGCAUUGAGUUUGUAAGAUUUCAAUUGCUUCAAUGGAGAGUUCAGUUUGUAGCCCACAGCUCACACCUGAGGAUGAGAGGUUCGUAAUCAGAGACCUCACUGCUUCGGCCGAAGCCCAUGUCAAAGAGGGUGACAUUUUUUAUAUCAUCACUUUCAGGUGGUGGCAAGAAUGGCUUGAAUAUGUCUAUCAAGAUAUGACAAGUACCACAAACAAUGAAUCCUCUUCUCAUUCUUCCAAUUAUUAUAAUCCCAGGAGGCCUUUAGUUAUUGAUAACUCAGAUUUGAUAUCGAACAUGAUAUGUGAAGGCCCUGAUGUGGAUAUAGAGCUUCAUGCUGCUUUAGUAGAGGGCACUGACUAUAUAUUGCUUCCGGAAGAUGUAUGGAAGCAGUUUCAUAAUUGGUAUGGAGGAGGGCCGGUAUUAGCGCGUCGAGUGAUCAAUUUGGGAUUGUCUCAAAUGGAUUUAACUGUAGAGGUCUACCCUCUACACCUCCAGCUGCUUCUGAUGCCAAAAGGAGAACAAAAUACUCUUAGAAUUAGCAAAAUGGAAACGGUGGGAGAACUAUAUAGAAGGGCUUGUGACAUUUUUGAACUGAACGUGGAGCAGGUGCGCAUAUGGGACUAUUAUGGACAGAGAAGAAAUGCUUUGAUGACUGACAUGGAUGCAACACUUCAUGAUGCGAAUAUACAGAUGGACCAGGAUAUUUUGCUAGAGGUGCAAGGUGAUUGUGUUGCAUUUGGUGGUAGCAUGAGUUUUGAACUGGACAAUGGUGCUAUGGGGAAAGAAUUGAUAUCUCUUGUCGAACCAUGUAAGUCUAGUUUAUCAGUUGCUGGGGGUUUAUGCACAAACAAAGGUGCUUCCCGAAGUUGCAGUUCAGAGUUGUCACAAAGCCAGAUACUACCUUCCCCAGUUAGAGAUGUUGAAGGGUCCUGCGGCAUAAAUAACAGUAGUCUUAGAGGAGGUUCUGGUGGUUUAACUGGGCUGCUUAAUCUUGGGAACACUUGUUUUAUGAAUAGUGCAAUCCAAUGCCUUGUACACACACCAGAGUUUGCUCAGUACUUUCGAGAAGAUUACCACCGAGAAAUCAACUGGCAGAACCCUCUGGGGAUGGUUGGUGAACUUGCUUUAGCUUUUGGAGACCUGCUAAGAAAAUUAUGGGCUCCUGGGCGUGCUCCUGUUGCUCCUCGUCCAUUUAAAGCGAAAUUAGCUCGUUUUGCACCUCAAUUUAGUGGAUAUAAUCAGCACGAUUCGCAGGAGCUUUUAGCAUUUCUGUUAGACGGGCUUCAUGAAGAUCUGAAUCGUGUAAAAUACAAGCCAUAUAUUAAGUCAAAAGAUGCAGAUGGGCGGCCUGAUGAAGAAGUUGCAGAUGAGUAUUGGGCGAACCACAUCGCUCGGAAUGAUUCUAUAAUUGUUGAUGUAUGCCAAGGCCAAUACAAAUCAACUCUAGUUUGUCCUGUCUGUGGAAAGGUCUCUGUGACCUUUGAUCCCUUUAUGUACCUUUCAUUGCCAUUACCAUCGACAACAACACGCACCAUGACUGUCAUGGUAUUCAGUAGUGAGGGUGGCACAUUGCCAAUGCCAUGUACUGUAACUUUGCCCAAGCAGGGGAAGUGCAAGGACUUGAUGCAAGCCAUAGGCAAUGCUUGUUCCUUGAAAAAUGGGGAAAAGCUUUUACUUGCAGAGAUCCAGAGUCACUUGAUUCAUCGCUUCUUGGAGGAUCCUUUGAUCUCAUUAUCCAGUAUUAAAGAUGAUGAUCACCUUGCUGCUUAUAAGCUUCCAAAGUAUGCGAAGACCGCAACUUUUCUGCAGUUGAUACAUCGGCGCAAAGAAGUGGACUCUGUUAAUACUGCUAUCUGGAAACCCUAUGGGACCCCUCUUGUGGCAUCCAUCUCUGAGGAUGUCAAAAGACGUGGGGAUAUCCAAAGUAUUGUUCAGGCCAUGCUUGCCCCUAUGCUGAGAUCUGAAAAAGCCGAGUCUUAUUUUAAGCGCAAAACAAGCAUAUCCCCACCCAAUUUAUCCAAGGAGUUAAUACAGGGUGGAGCACAUUCUGAUUCAGGAGUAUCCAUGACUGAAGAUGAGGAAAGCAGUUCUAAAGGAGGGAUACCGAAAUUGCCUUUGCAAUUAGUAGAUGAGAACAACGUAUGUAUAGAUUUGUCAACUGGAGAACACGAAGCAAUCCAGCUGUCAACUUCAUCUUCAAUGUUGGUGUUUAUGGAUUGGUCAGAAAAAGAGUUACAGAAGUAUGAUACCCGUUAUCUCGAGAACUUACCUGAAGUGUUCAAGUAUGGCCCUGCGACCAAAAAAGCACGGACUGAACCUCUCUCACUGUAUACCUGUUUGGAAGCCUUUCUGCGGGAGGAGCCAUUGGUGCCUGAAGAUAUGUGGCUUUGUCCACAAUGUAACGAGCGGCGACAAGCAAGCAAGAAGCUGGAUUUGUGGAGGCUGCCCGAGGUGCUGGUCAUCCACCUGAAGAGGUUCUCUUAUAGCAGAUCCAUGAAGCAUAAACUUGAAACGUUUGUCAAUUUCCCAAUCCAUGACCUCGACCUGACAGACUAUGUAGCCCACAAGAGUGGCUCUUCUCGCCAGCUUUACGAGCUUUACGCUUUGAGCAACCACUAUGGUGGCAUGGGAAGUGGCCACUACACAGCACAUGUCAAGCUUUUGGAUGAGAAUAGGUGGUACAAUUUUGAUGAUAGUCAUAUUUCUUCCUUGACUGAAGAGGAAGUGAAAUCAGCAGCAGCCUAUGUGCUUUUCUACAGGAGAGUGAAGAAUGAGGAAGGAUGUGUAAGUAAUGGGGCCCAGUCUUCUGCAGAUCAUGUGUAACAUUUCAUGUGAGAAAUGAAGAAUAUGAAAAAUAUAUGUAGUAUACAGCUAGGCUCUCCAUGGUCAUCAGAAUUUCCCUUGUUUUAACAAAAAAAUUUGAGAAAGUAAUCUCCCUCAGGAAUUCACAUAUUAGAGAAUUGUGUUGAUUAUUAAUUACGGGUAACGGGUGCCCGAUGUUUACCCAUGUAAGGAAAAGCUUUACAUAUCCAAACUGACUCAAUUAUUCACUAAGAAUUGGUAUAUUUGUGUAGAAGAUGGAACAGCAUAAUUUGAAGUUGAAACUUUAUAAGGUGCCUUAUAAAAAGGUCCUUGAGUACUUGCUGAAAUAUUCAAAUAUUUUUUUAUUGUUAAUAAUCUACGAAAUGUAUUUUGUUCUUGUUA